AUGGCAGCUUCCACAGCCGUGAACACGGGCCGAGCCAUUGGCAAAUUGGGAACUGGCUUUACUGCCUUUUUCCUUUGUGACAUGCAAGAGCGCUUUCGUGACCAAAGUCAUCACUUUGCCGCCGUUGCCACCGUCUGCAACCGUCUGACGGCAGCGUCCAAGGUGAUGAACAUCCCUCUCAUUGUCACAGAGCAGUACCCCAAAGCUUUGGGCCAUACAGUGCCGGAAAUUGUCCAUGAUCACGCUGUCAUCAACGUACCCAAAACUAAAUUCUCCAUGGUCACGGAUGAGGUUCAAAGCUACCUGAAGGAGAACACCCACGUCAAGUCAGCCCUCCUUUUUGGCAUUGAGGCACACGUGUGUGUAUUGCAAACAGCCCUCGACCUGCUGGAGGAUGGCUAUGACGUGCACGUCGUAGUCGAUGCUACCUCUUCUCGCAAUCCGCCGGAGCGCAUGUAUGCCUUUGAGCGAAUGCGCCAAUCCGGUGCCUUUCUCACCACGGCUGAGUCAGCCCUCUUUCAGCUCAUGGGUGACAGCAAGCACGAGCACUUCAAGGAGGUGCAGAAGCUCAUCAAGGACCUGCCACCCGACUCGGGCCUGCUGGCUGCUCGCGUGCAGUAG